AUGAACGCGGAGAGCAAUAAUGUCACAUAUAAUCUGAGGAGGAGGAUACGAAGGACAGACGUCGAGUGCAAGUCCAACGAUGAUUCAAUGUUUGCGGCACAAACAUAUUUAUCUGUUGAUCAGAAGACUGACUGCGGUUCAAUGUCCAUGAUGGAAGACAAACAGUACUGGUGUGAGCAAUGGGUCCUGGCUCACCGUGAAGGCAAUGUUCCUGAAGAAAAAAAAUAUGUCGCUAAAAAAUGUGUUGUUACCAAUAAUUCAGAUGACACAGAGUCGUUUAAGUCUAGCUUGGAUUUAAAUAACUUGAAAGAGUUCAAGAAGCAACAACCUAGAAAAAAGAAAUUGGAUUUGGAUCGAGUAAAAAUGAGUUACUGUUGUGGAUGGGUUGAAUGCAAUCAUGAAUCAACUGAUAUAAAAAAAUAUCUUCAACAUGUUGCUGAGCAUGUUGAUUAUUUAUGGACUGAAGAAUGGCAGGGCAAUAAAGAAAAAUGGUUUACAUGUUCAUGGAAUAACUGUACGUUCCAAUCAAACUGCGAGGUGAAAUCUACAACUCAUGUAAAUUUCCAUGCAUAUCACACACGGCUUAAAUGUGUCGGCUUGGCUGUUUUAAAUCUCUGUGAAAUACCUGGAUGUAAGUUGAAUGGUGAUGGUGCUAACAUCUUACCAGAUUUACCAAGUGAAUUUGAAUGUAAUUGGAAAAAUUGUAAUGAUCGAUUUGAAUGUAUGCAAUACUAUGCAUAUCAUGUGGCUCAGCAUUUAGAUUUUUUAAAAUUCAACAAUUCUAACUUCAUCUGCCCAUGGACAGAUUGUACUUUACAAUUUACUGCGCGUUACAGAUUAGUUGACCAUAUAAAAAGCCACACUCAAGAAAAAACAUGUGCUUGUCCUAACUGUGGUAUUAUGUUUUCCACUUACACUAAACUGAAAGAUCACUGUAGACAAUCAAAUAAAGACAAAAGCAAUCAGUGUAAAUUUUGUAAAAAAACAUUUUCAUGUGAACGACUUCUAAAACAGCAUGUUCGCCUUCAUAUAAAUUAUUAUAAAUGUCAUCAAUGUGAUGCAUCAUUUUCUAGAGCAACACAACUAUCCACUCAUAUACGUUACCGUCACUUAGAUAUAAAACCCUUUGGAUGUCAUUUAUGUAAAUCCAAGUUUGUGCGCAAAGUAGAUCUUACUACACACUUACGAAAACAUGCGCCAGGCCCGCUAUUCAAAUGUUCAAAGGACGGCUGUGAUUUUUCAUGUCGAAGCGAGUACACAAUGCGAAAACAUAUAGGAGUAGAACAUUACAAUGCAGAAGAACUGUAUAAAUAUUAUUGUCAUAUAUGUGGUGAUUUGUUCCUAAGAGGUUCAUUUCUGACAAAACAUUUAAAAACUGAUCAUAACUUCCAUAAACCAGCUGGCUUGAAACGUUUCAGGUACAUUGAAGACGACGACGGGUAUUAUAAACUUCAAACGUCAAGAUAUGAAUGUCUAGACAUACAAGAACAAAAGAAAGUUAAAUUGAUCAAUCCCAACAAAGUGGUUGUUAGGAAAAAAAGUCAAACUACUUGCAAUGAUAAGCAAACAAUAGAAUUUGUUGUUGAUAUUUUAUCAUGUACAAGUGAUGAUGAGGACAAUGAUAAUAUUGAGUAA